AUGCCUGUACGCGAUACCAGCGCUGACGCCGGCACCCCAGUUGUCGAAACCGGCGAGAAAUCGAUUGCCACUCUCGCUACUCUCCGCAUAGGUGUUAAGCUUUACGUUUACCAUGAGAGUUCUAAGGAACAUCGUUGGGCCGAGAUCUUGUCAAUUCAGACCCGCAAAGGCGAGCCAUACUACUACAUUCACUACGAUGAAUUCAAUAAACGACUUGACGAAUGGGUUCCCGCAACACGCCUCGAUCUUAAGCGCGAGGUCGAGUGGCCUCGCCCCGAGAAAAAGGUCGCAAAGACUGAAAAGAAUGGGAAAGCUACUACGCCACGUGACACCGCGUCACGUGCACCGAAGCGAGCGAGACGAGACAGCCUAGGUCCCGGCACACCUACUGUUGGACAAAAAGCACCAAAAAACAGGGGGAGAAAUGCAUCAAUUGUUCAAGAGAAUGACGAUUCGCUGGUUAUACAAUCAGAAACUGUGGGCGAUACUGGUACUCCUGGUGCAGAAGAUGAGGAGCCGGAAAUAUCAUCUGAGGUUGCGGCGGCUCGAGCUGCUGCUGCAAAACAAGGGAACGCGAUUGCCCAACAACCUGAUACCUUUUCAAAGGAGCAUGAAAUUGAAAAGCUUCGAACGUCUGGCUCGAUGACACAGUCUGCCCACGAGAUUUCCCGUGUCCGUAACUUGUCAAAACUUCAGAUGGGAAAAUAUGAAGUUGAGCCUUGGUAUUUUUCACCUUAUCCAAUAGAAUACACAGAGGAAGAAACUGUGUAUAUUUGCGAGUUCUGCCUUUCGUACUUUGGAGAGCCUCGUCGGUUUGAACGCCACAGGGGGAAGUGCACAUUAUUUCAUCCCCCAGGAAAUGAGAUUUAUCGCGAUGCAAAUGUCUCAUUUUUCGAAAUUGAUGGUCGACGGCAACGCACAUGGUGUCGAAAUCUAUGUUUGUUGUCUAAAUGCUUUUUAGACCACAAGACGCUCUAUUACGAUGUUGACCCUUUCCUCUUCUAUUGCAUGACAACUCGGGAUGAGUAUGGAUGCCAUCUAAUUGGGUACUUUUCUAAAGAAAAGGAAUCCGCAGAGGGGUAUAAUGUAGCUUGUAUUCUUACCCUACCACAAUACCAGCGUCAUGGUUAUGGAAAACUUCUGAUCGCAUUCUCUUACGAACUCUCGAAAAGGGAAGGAAAACUUGGGUCUCCCGAAAAGCCGCUUUCGGAUUUGGGGUUGUUGAGUUAUCGUGCAUUCUGGCAGGACACUAUCGUGGAUCAGCUCAUGCUUGUUAAAGGAGAGACAACUAUUGAUGAACUGGCCAGUUCGAGCGCGAUGACCACCCAAGAUGUUAUUCAUACACUGCAGAAUCUCAAUAUGCUCAAGUACUAUAAAGGGCAACAUGUUAUCUGUCUCACCGAUGCAAUCCUAGCACAGAAGGAGAAACAGAGAGAAAAACAGAAGAUUAAAGGCAAACGCACGCUUGAUCCUGAACUUCUACAGUGGAAACCCCCUGUAUUCAAUGCUGCGAACCGUACCUGGAACUGGUAG